GGCCCAACCCAAACCCACCACCACUACAUUCCCUUGUCCACAUUGCCCCAGAAUAAUCGGGUCCAGAAUCGGCCUCUACGCCCACCUGAAGACCCACAAGGACCAGGAAGGAGGACAGUCAUACUCGACCACGAGUGACCGCCGAUGAUGAUGAUGUUGGACCACCUCGGGAGGAAGACUUCCCCACAAUGUCGUCACAUUGCUUCCGCUGUCAAAAGUUUUCCACAUGACGUUGAUGAAUCACCACCACAGAUCAAGCCUGCAGCACCAGGAAUCAUCCGCCCUCGCCCACACUGCACCAUGGACUGGUGGGAUGUGGUCUACAGCCCACUCUGGAUGGUGUCCACGGUCCUGCUGGCUCUGGUGGUGCGUCUGCAGCGGAGAGGGUGCUGGGACCCGCGCUCCUGCCCCACGCAGCUCCGUGGGAAGACCGCAAUGGUGACUGGAGCCAAUUCAGGUAUCGGAAAGUCAAUCGCCAUGGACUUUGCUCGCCGUGGCGCCCGUGUCCUCCUGGCCUGUCGAAGUGUGUCACGGGGGGCGGCGGCGGCUGAAGAAAUCAAAGCAAAAACCGGCAACUCUGACGUCCACGUGCGCCAGGUGGAUCUUUCCUCCCUGGACUCUGUCGGGGAUUUAGCGGAGAAGAUUUUGAAGGAGGAGAAAGCGCUUCACAUCCUGGUCAACAAUGCUGCAGUGUCAGGUUUACCCCAGCAGAUUACCCACGACGGAUUUGAUGUUUCUUUUGCAACCAAUCAUUUGGGACCCUUCCUUCUCACCAACCUUCUGACUGACCUGAUGAAGACUUCCACUCCAGCACGGAUUGUCACCCUCAGCUCUGUCAACCACAAAAAGGGUGAAGUGGACUUCUCUCAUUUUCAUGGGGAGAAUUUGACUCACCGUUUGGAUCGUGUUUACAACCACACUAAGCUGCACAACAUCAUCUGCACUAAUGAGUUAGCACGCAGGCUGCAGGGAACAGGUGUCACCGCCAACUCGGUCCACCCUGGUGUUGUCAUGACGGGAAUGAUGAGACACUAUCCCUUUAGGAUUCGUUGUAUCUUCAACCUCAUUGGACAGCUCUUCUUCAAGUCCGCGGAGGAGGGAGCAGUGAGCGCCAUCUACUGCGCCGUGUCGGAGGAAGCAGAAGGCGUAACUGGGAAGUACUUUGACAGCGACUGUUCCCUGGUCCUCCCCGCCCCCUUAGCUCGGGACCCGGCCCUCGCUGCCAAGGACUUUGACAUCUGCCAGAGACUGACCUCCAGGUUGUGAUGAAAGCCCUCUUGAUAACAGGAAGGAGUCAAAGUCUGUGUUCUUUAUUCCUUCUCUGACAUCUCAUCACAACAAAUCCGUUGUAAAAAAGAAAAUAUUUGAUAUACUUUUGUGUACUUUUCUUAUUCAAAUGUCUUAAAAACGGAAUGGAAUUUAAAAAUGUUCUAUGAACGAUAAAACCCUGAAUAUUGAGAACAUAUGAACGACAUAUUUUACAAUCAAGCCACACCCACACUGCUUGGUGCCUCGUCUGACCUGCUGUGACGUAGAUUACCAUAGUAACUAGUAGGGUUGUACUAUAGUACCGCGAUACUAAUGAAUCAUUCGGUACCAUACCGCCUCUGAAAAGUACCGGUCCGCCGCACACUAAGAUUUUUUGUUAAAAUAAAGCCAAUAAUGCCAUUUUUUCUGGUCCCCUUUAUUUAGAAAAGUACCGAAAAGUAUCUAAAUAAUAUUGGUAUCAGGACAACACUAGUCACUAAAAUAUCAUGCAAAAGCACAGAUUCCAAGCAUUGAAAUACUUAGUAUAGUUGAAGACUUAAGGUCAUUAGAAAAGAUGAGUGCACAUCAUAAUGGCAGCUACACUUUACAUUUUAAAGAUCUAAAAAAAUAUUUUGGAUUGAAAAGCUUAACGUGCCUCAUGUGGCCCCCGGGCCUUCAUUUGGGGGUGAGUAGUUCUUUGAGGUAGAGGGGGGGCAUUUCCAUGGAGGCACUGGUGGGUUAGUAGGGAGACUUUGAAUUCAAUCCUGAGUGGAACAGGAAGCCAGUGAAGGGAUUUGAGAGUUUGUGUGAUAUGGUCAUAUUUCUGCACUGUCAUCAGGAUCCUAGCAGCACU